AUGAGCCCUCGCACCGCUGUUCUUCUCAUCGAUCCGCUCAAUGAUUUCCUCCACCCUGAUGGGAAGUUAUACCCUCUUGUCAAGGCUAGCCUAGAGUCCUCCAAUUCUCUUGAGCAUAUGCAGCAGCUGGUUGCAGGCGCAAGGCAAGCCCGGAUUCCAAUCUUCUAUGGUCUUCACCAAAUCACCAAGGAUGGAACUUACUCCGGUUGGAACCACAUGAAUGGGCAGCAAAUUCAAACUCAACGGAGUGGAACAUUCUCUGAAGAGUUUGGUGGCCAGAUUCUAAAUGAACUCGAACCACAGCCUAGCAAUGGCGACGUGGUUGUCUCUCGACACUGGAUCAGCAGCUCCUUUGCAAACACCGACUUGGAGUACCAACUUCGUCAACAUGACAUCACCCAUGUGGUGUUGGCCGGGUUGACGACCAACUCAUGUGUGGAGUCUACUGCGCGUGCUGCUCGUGAAAUUGGCUUCCAUGUUACUUUGCUUACCGAUGCAACCGCUGCAUUUUCAGUUGAGUUAGAAAAGGCAGCAGUCAAUCUGGUUUGGCCAACAUUCGCAGACCAGCUUUUGAGCACCAAUGAACCCCCAGAACAUUGGAACAUGGAUCCACUCCAGGAUUUGACCAUUCUAUUUGCUUUGGCUUUGAUGUCAGGGGACACCACUGUUAUCUCGCUUCGGCUCCACCGAGCCACCGACUCCACAAAUCUCGGCCGCGAUCGGAGUUCGAAUACGGAGAACCCGAACUAUCGCGACUUGCAAAAGCCGAGCCUCGGCACUUUCCUCAUCUGA